CACGCUCAGUGUUAAUCUGGUUCCUCACACACGCUAAAUGUCACCGCGAAUGACCCAGUUUCUGUGCCUCGCAGCACUUUUAUUGCUGUGUCUUAUGCAACUAACUCAGGCCACGCCUAACAACAAUAAUAAUAAUAACAAUAAUAAACCGAAAGCCGUGGCCCAGGUGCAGCCAGGAGGAAAUCUAGGAGGAAAUAAGCCCACAAUAGCAGCCACCACCAUAAAGCCGCAGAGAUUGCAGCCAGAUCCCAAGUGCCUGCAACCCUUGGAGACAGGUCCUUGCCGCAUGAAUCUGGAGAGAUUCUAUUACAACAAGGACACCAAAUCCUGUGAGACCUUCAAAUAUGGCGGAUGCCGAGGCAAUGACAAUCGAUGGGGAUUCCGGCAGACCUGCGAGGAGGCUUGCCUGCCCAAAAAGUGAACAAAAAUGCUUUUACAAAAAUAUUUUAUAUUUUUUAUGUUAAAAAACGAACUCUUUAAUAUAUAUGUAAUAAAAU